AUGUGGGCAAUUAAUCGUAUUUACGAGAUGCAUAGGCACAGGGUAACGUGGUCUCACUCUCACUGAGACGGUACACCAAGUCGCGGAAUUGGCUUGUUCUGACAUCUGUCUGGAUUGCGUCAAUGGCAAGUGAUACGGUCAGAUGGAGGGGUCGGUUUCUUAACGUUUGGAUCGUCUUCGGCCUCAGUGUGAUGUCAUUCGGUGUCGUUCCCGAAACCGUCAUUGAUUCAAGUACGGGCAACUGGACACAAAACCCAGAUAUUACUUCCGACGUUACGCAUGCCAACAUGACGUUGAUGUCGACGGGUGAUGAAGUUACCGACAACAACGUCACUACAGAUGAUCAGACAACAGGCAUCAACACCACUGCAAGCGACUACGUCGACACAACUCCCGCAGCUUCGGUGGCGGAGACGGCCUCCAACGACACCGAUGGCUUAGAUGCCCUGUGUAGUAUCUUGGACGAGUUCCCCUCGCCUAACUUCUGGUACAAGUACACACGGGACCAGGCCACGGAGGCAUUGUGCAAGUGUGCUGGCAUGUGUGUGGCUGCCUCAACCCCGAGUCCCGAGGAGGUGGCGGCCCAGAUGUGGGAGUUGUCCAACGUCCUCUCGGACACAAACUGGCCAAGGUUCCUCGCCGUCACCAUCGCCUUCUCCGUCAUCUUUCUCACCGGAUUCAUAGGCAACGCGAUGACGAUAGCAUGCCUGACGUGCUGGUUGAAGGUGAAGUCGUCCACGUUCCUGUUCAUCCUCAGCCUGGCUUGUUCGGACAUCCUUCUCCUCGUGGUCUGUCUUCCUAUGAAGGCCCUAGAGCUGUUCUAUCUGAAUGACCUACUGAGCGGCGUCGCGUGCAUUAUGACGUACUUCAUCCGGGACUUCAGCCUCGCCUGCUCCGUCCUCACCCUCACCAUCAUCAGCUUUGAGAGAUUCUACGCAAUAUGCUAUCCCCUCAAGGCCCAGUUCCGGUGCAGCACGCGCCGCGCACGAAUACUCAUUGUGAUCACGUGGUUGUUGUCCGGGUUACUUUGCCUCCCUACAGUGUUUAUCAGGAAGAGCUACUACAACUCUCUCACCUACUCCUACAUCUGUAUUGCAAUUUCGGAAAACUACUUGUGGGUAAAGCUGUACUCCAUCUAUAUGUUGGUACUGCUGUACCUGGCCCCCCUCGCCGUCAUGAGCUAUACCUACACCGGCAGCUGCCUUGCGCUCUACCGCAGCGCCGUGUCAGCGAGGAAGAUGCAAGGAGAUGGAAGGACCAAGUCCGAGGUGACCACCACUGACAAAGUCAGCAGCAGCGGCAGCAGCAAGGAUGCGUCAUCAGUGCCCAGUUCAGGGGGAACUGACAAGGCGAAGGACAAAUCGGGGGAGGACAAGUCAGAAGGAAAUAUUCGGGCCCGAAUAAAGGUGAUGCAGAUGUUGGUGGCGAUGCUGGUGGUGUUCGUGGUGAGCUGGGGCCCGAUGCUGUUUUACCAGGUCCUCAAGGAGUUCGGCAUCAAGCCUACACGGAACGAGGACAUCUAUCGCUUGACAGUUCAGUGCCUAGCCUUCUUCAACAGCAGCCUCAACCCUUACUUCUACAUGGCCAUGUCCUCACAGUUUCGGCAUCAGUUCCGGAAACGACUCGGGAGAUGUCUUGGACUGAAGGCGCUCUCUGGUGGCGAUACAACUGUGGCAACAUCGUCUACCAUGUCGACGAGAUACCAGAGCAAUGUCUACUCCACAGAUGCUUCUGGAAAGUCACGUGCAUAGCAGCAUGACAAGGCCUACGUGGUCUGCACGUGAAGACACAGUGAUGGGUGUGAUGAUGUUCUCGAAGACGUCUCAACGACGACGCGACGACGGAUACACAAUAGCACAACGUCACUCUCUAAGGCUAGCAGCAGCAACACUGUAUUUCAUGGGUUACAAUGCACUCAUCUCAAGUCGCCGUGCCAUGUGCGUCCCUUAGACGUGCCAGGAACAUAUGAUUGAUUAGUACAAGUUGUCUUCCUUGGUCUGUCAGCACCCUGUCCGUGCUCUUGGGUUUAAAAUCAAAUCGCUACGUGUAUCAGAUCGCAUCACAUAGACUGUGUAGCAAAACUGUAUAGCGAGAGUGUAUAGCAAGACUAAGACCGUAUAGCGAGACUGAAAGCAAAGACUAAAGGGGCAUUCACACGGUAGAACUAGUUGUAUACAAUUUGUUGUACGAACUUAAGUUGUAUACAACUAGUUUGUACCGUGUGAGUGUCCCUUAAGACAAUAUUGCAUAGCAAAAGUGACUGAAUAUGUUGGGUCUAAUGCCCCAUGGUCUACAGCCCUCAAGUCUGGGAUUGGAACCAAAGAUCAGAUAAGGGACACAACUCUGCAUAAGAUGUGGGCACAUUAGAUGACUUGGACAUUCGUCUCCAACGCCACUAUCCUCCCGUACCAUACGCAGACAUUCCCGUACUGACCCGUCCAUGUGCUUAUAGAAUUAAUUAUGGAUUGAUAUAUGUCUUGAAAGGAAUGUAUGUACUUAUGCAGUAUGUAGUCCGUUACGUGGAACAUUUCUUGAGCAAGUUUCGAUGCAUUAUGGCCACAAAGAUAUAUUGAAAGAAGCGUCAUUCGCGUAAAAUCACCAUCGUACUGAUCGCCUUAUACAUGCUGCCAAAAAAAGGGCCGCUAAAGGCGGGAUUCAAGGACAACGCACGCACGCACGCACGCACGCACGCACGCAAUCACACACACCUCCCGCCUCCACCCUUCAUAAAACGUCAAAGUAUGAUACUGACCCCCUUAGCCAGAUCUGCGUAAAUUGAAAAGGUGCAAAUCUUCAAGUUUUUUUAAAUGAACUGAAUUGAUAUUUUUCAAUUAUGUAGUGUGUCCCUCCCUCCUUUUUAUGCAUACUAAGCGUUAAAAAGUAUAAAAACAAACUAUUGAAUCAUAUGGGUGACAUAAACUGAGGGGCAAAACAAAGUAUGCCGAGUUUGUUUUUUAUGUAAUGAAACUUGAAACAACUGUUUUUAAAUUUGAUUAUGUAAAAUUAAUCAUCACUCAUUCCUGC